AUGAAUAACGGAGGUGGCCCUGACGAAGGUGAUGAAGAUAGUGAGUUCUCUACACGAAGAGAAAGAAAAAUGAUAAAAAGUCCCUUUAAGCAUGAAGAGUUGCGAGAAAUUGGCUCAAUGGCUACUUGGUCACUAUCGAGUUGGAAACCAGGUAAUGGUGUAGAGAACUUGCGUGACGAAAAUAAUAUGACUUACUGGCAAUCAGAUGGUACUCAACCACAUCUUAUCAAUAUUCAAUUUCCCAAGAAAGUCUAUGUGACUCAAAUUUCUUUAUAUGUCGAUUACAAAAACGAUGAAAGUUAUACACCAAAUAAAAUUACCAUCAAGGCUGGAACUACAUUUAGCGACCUGCAGGAUCUUCGCACUGUUGAACUAUCGGAACCUUCUAAUUGGGUGGAUAUUCAACUUAGCGGUGAUUUAUUAUUAAGUCGAAGAAGUCGACCAGUCGGUGCAUAUCUUUUCCAAGUAAUGAUAAAAUCAAAUCAUCAGAAUGGUAAAGAUACUCAUAUUCGACAGGUCAAAGUGUUUGCUCCAAAAUUACCUAUAUUUCCUGAUGACGAUUCAGAUGACGAAAUUCCAUUCUCAACACCCGAAUUUGAGUUUUAUGCUACGAUACGAUGA